ACCUGCUGUCGCUCACGCGCUGAACAAGGGGCGGGAGAAGCACGGGAGAACAUCAAAACACGCGGGGGCCAUUUUGAUAUUUUUAUUUACACAAACAAUGUCGAGUUUUUCACCUUUAGAGUUCCCCUCAAGGACUAAAUUUAAAACUCUUAUUUCGAAGGUCUGCAUCGCGCGACUUCCGGCGCCGCAUGCGGUGAGCUUGCCGCGUGUCGCCGCCCGGAGCGCAUUCCACCUGCGGAGCGGAACGGACACCGCCGCACAUUCCUGCCGAGGCGCGGCGAGCAGGUUGGCACGUCGUGAGAGAGCGAGAGAGACAAAGAAAGAAAAGAGGUUGUUUUAUUUCCCAAAUGGACGUCUGAGGACGCGCUGCUUAGCGUACCUGCACUUAGCGUAGCGUACCUGCACUCAGCGUACCUGCACUGGAGUGCGCAGCUGAAGGGAAAUGGACCGCGAAAAGGAGCUACUAGAAGCGAGUGUGAAGCCACAGAUUUAAGGCGUCUGGGGCCAUGGCGAGCUGCUGGGACUGCUGCCGGCGAGCGUGCUUGUGCUUCCUGUCCGAGGACGAACGGAACAGCAUCAUAGUGGACAAUGAGAUCAAGAAGAUCCUGAAGAAGCAGAAGAAGAAGGACCGGCAGGAGAUCAAAAUCCUGCUGUUGGGAACUGGAGAGAGUGGGAAAACCACGUUCGUCCGCCAGAUGAGGAUCAUCCACGGACGAGGCUUCUCUGAGGAGGACAGGCUGGGCUUCUCUAAAUGCAUCUUCCAGAACAUCUUCACCGCCAUCAAGGCCAUGACGGCGGCCAUGAGCACACUCAGGAUUCCCUACUCCAACCCUGAGAAUGAGAUCUACGCCACCUGGCUGCAGGACUUCAAGACGGCGCAGAUCACCCAGCUGGAGCGCCACUACGUGGACGCCAUACGUCGCCUCUGGGCCGACUCGGGCAUCCGGGUCUGCUACAGCCGACGCUGCGAGUACCAACUGUUGGACUCCACAGAGUACUACAUGAACAAUCUGGAACGCAUUGCCGCACCCGACUACAUCCCCACAGAACAGGAUGUGCUGAGGGUCCGAUUCCCCACCACGGGCAUCAAUGACUAUUCCUUCACCAUCGAAAAGAUCACGCUCAGGAUUGUGGACGUUGGAGGUCAGAAGUCGGAGCGUCGAAAAUGGAUCCACUGUUUUGAGAACGUCACCUCGCUGAUCUUUCUGGCCUCCCUCAGCGAGUACGACCAGGUCCUGGAAGAGAGGGACGUCAUUAACCGCAUGAUGGAGAGCCUGGCGCUGUUCUACACCACCAUCCACUCGCAGUGGUUCCACAGCACCUCCAUCAUACUCUUCCUCAACAAGACCGACAUCUUGGCGGACAAAAUCAAGACCUCGGACCUGAACAAGUACUUUCCAAGUUUCAGAGAUUUGUCAUGUUCUGUACACACACUUGCAGCUACUUUCAAUACUUAUCAUGGUUCCGGAACAUAUUGCCGUGACAGUCCAUCUCCUCCCCCCCCCGUAUUCCACCUGCAGCACCAGCCUCUUCUCCUCCUGUAACCCAUGGCAACCACGGCUAGAUAGAUGGAUCCCCUUCCCCCAAACACUGGAGUGUGUGUAGUAAUAAGACACUCCCUUUACUGACUGCAACAAAGGAAUGUUCUGGACUCCUAUUUCCAAGCUAAAGUUGCAUUGAGCGGAAUAAUAGUUGCUAUAACAUGCUUUGCUUUUUUAUUAAUUCAUUUGUUUAUUGGUUUAUAGCAGUGUUUCUUAACCAUAGGGCCAGGGCUCAAAUAUCUGUUUCUCGGGCUCAGUUGUAAUACUCCUUUCCACCACUAAUGGCAGUAAUGACAAUAUCAAACAAACAGAAGCUCUAAGAGCUUAAGUCUUAGAGAAGUUUCUUAAGCGCAAAAAUGAUGACUGAAGUGGUGAAGCUGUUUCUUCAUUUGCACUUUAAUUUUAUUCGCACAUUGUUUAAGAAACAUAUUUUCAUUAUUUAUCAUUCAUUUUGUUAGAAAUCAAUUUAGCGAAGCGUAGUUGUAUGUCCAUUUAUUUUUCAUCACUUUUUAUGAUUUCUUCUUUUGCAGUACAUUUGGUUAGUAUUUAUUUUGUAAUCAGCCUGACCUAAGUCUUGAUAAUAAUUAGAGAUGUCCGAUAAUAUCGGUCAGCCGAUAUUAUCGGCCGAUAAAUGCGUUAAAAUGUAAUACCGGAAAUGAUCGGUAUCGGUUUUUUUAUUAUCAGUAUCGUUUUUGUUUUUUUUUAGUUUUUUUUUUAAUUUAUUAAAUCCACAUAAAAAACACAAGAUACACUUACAAUUAGUGCACCAACUCAAAAAACCUCCCUCCCCCAUUCACACUCAUCCACACAAAAGGGUUGUUUCUUUCUGUUAUCAAUAUUCUGCUUCCUACAUUAUAUAUCAAUAUAUAUCAAUACAGUCUGCAAGGGAUACAGUCCGUAAGCACACAUGAUUGUGCGUGCUGCUGCUCCACUAAUAGUACUAACCUUUAACACUUCAUUCAUUAC